GCCGGACUCGGAGCCCGAAGACCCGAGCGAGCGGACGCAGGGCCGGGGUGGCCGCUGCUCACUCACAGCGCCACGAUGCAUUUCAUCUUCUCAAACAAGGUCAUGCUUCUCUUUGAUUUCUGGAGUGUUCACACCCCUGCAGGCAUGGCCCUUUCAGUGCUGGUGGUCCUGCUCCUGGCUGUGCUGUACGAAGGCAUUAAAGUUGCCAAAGCCAAGUUGCUCCACUGGGCCCUGGUGAGCAUGCCUGCCUCCAACAGCCAGCAGCUCAUUGAGGACACAGACCAGGACUCUGUAGCCUCCAACCUGCCCUCCCGUGGCACAACUCGCCUCAGGUGGUUCAUGUGUCACUCUGGCCAGUCUGUACUUCACAUCUUGCAGGUAGUCAUCAGCUACUUCAUGAUGUUGGCUGUCAUGACCUACAACACCUGGAUUUUUUUGGGUGUGGUGCUGGGCUCAGCUGUGGGCUACUACCUUGCCUACCCACUUCUCAGCUUAGGUUAGCUGGUGAAGGCUGUGCAGUGAGCUCUGGGGCCCUCUCUCAAAGGCCUACUUCCAGGCCCAUAUCUUUGUCUUCCAGCUCCUGAAAAAUUGCAACCAAGGUAGCAGUUGCCCCUCCCAGGGAUGAGAGACCGCUUCCCCUCCUGAGCCAGCCUGCAUAGACCCUGGCUUAGGCUUGUGCCCUAAUAAGGCUGCUGUGGCCAAUUCAAGGAAGAAGUCCUGGGGGCAGGGUUGCUGGAGCCCACAGUGACGUAUCACUGUGACUCAAAAGUUAAGCAUUUCCAAAGAUCUUCCAGAUGGAUAGAACCAGGUGACGGAAGCCAUGUAUCCAGCUCCCAGUCUGCUCUGAUUUGUGCCUUAUUGGGAGGAACAUCUGCCUGAGUUUUGGAUCUCUUGGGAGGCCAAGAUCACACGAACUCCUGAUUUCUACCCAAGCGUCUCCGAAGAGUAUCCCCUCUGGAUCAUGUUGACAGAAUUCUCACUUUUCCCUUGGAAUUUCUGGUUGGCAGUUUUGUACAUGCACCAAACAUGAUUUUUUAAGAAAAAUGAAGUCAUUUCAACUUCAUUUACUCUUAAAGGAGGCAGCAUCUGCUGACACCUGUUUCCCUUUCUCUGGGGGACAG